CUCUCUCUCUCUCUCUCUCUCUCGCAAUUCUAUAUUUUUUUCUCUCUCGUUUUCUCGUCAGUCUUUUAUUGCGAAAGUCUUCGGUUUUUUGUUUAGCCCUCCGUUAUUUAUAUCUUACUACUUUCUCUCUCUAAAUCCAAAAUUUUGUUUCUCAGAUCAGGGAAUUGAAGGUGCAGGAGUGGAAUUGUGUUGAAGAAAUUAGGGUUUGAUUAAAAUUGGGAGCGAUCUAGGGUUUUGUUGCUUUGAAGGGCGUGUGAUAAAGUCUAGGGUUUUUUUUUUUGAAUUGGGGGUUUGCUUAGGUUCUUGGGGAAUUUGCGAAUUGGACUGGUUCUAAUGGUGUAUUUGUGUAUUUCGGGGGAAUUAAGAAAGGUCUUAAUGUGAAGAAGUUGAUUUGAUGGUGGCUGGAUGAGAACGAAUUAAUGGUAUUAUUGGGGAAAAUGAAAGUCGAAUGUUAUUAUGCAUGGGAGGCAACAGAGGGAAGGUGAGAGUCAUCAUCGGAGGAUUGUUGUUGUUCGGAAAAGUGGUUGCGACGAUCAGCACAUGCGGUCUGUCCCUUUGAGCACGACCAGGAACAGUUUAGCUGACGGUGGCGGUGACUCGAGUCUUAUUUCUACUGUUAUUACCAUAAUUUCUAGUGAUUCCUUCUGCAAGGUCCUCUGUAUAUCAUUCAACUCCCAAUUUCGAAACUACACAUUCGAUACUCUUCGGUUCUUUCCAGUUUCCAUGGCUAAAUCUACUAGCAGUAGCAGAAGAAAGCACCAUACAGAAGAAGAUGAAGAGAAAUACGACGACGCUUCAUCAUCAUCACCUCAAUCCUCUUCUUCCGAAGAGGAUGAUGAUAAUAAGCGAAGCCACAAAUGCUGCCGUGGCGACGAUAGGGGUCCUAGGAAAUCCUCUUCGAGGAAAGACAGAAAAUCAUCCAGUAGGAGGAAAAGAAAGGAAAAGGAACGGAGUAGUAAGCACAAAUCGAAGGAGUAUGAGAGGAGAAAGAAGGAUAAAUAUUAUUCGGAUGAGUCCGAAGUGGCAGAGUCGUUGCCUAGGUCAGAUGGGGAUGAUCAUGAUUCUGGAUUGGAGAAUCCGGAGGACGUUGUCAAAUGUAUUUUGAAGGAGUUUCCUGCUGUCUCCGGAGAUUUGGAACAGCUUCUACACAUGAUAGAUGAUGGUCAAGCAGUUGAUAUAAGGGGAUUGUCAGAAAAAACAUUGGUGAAGCUCCUGAGAAGGCUAUUUCUAUGUCUGAACCUUAAAGAAACUGGUGAUAAUAUCUUUCUACUGAAAUCAGAGGGCCAUCCUACAUUGGAGGUUUGUAGACCUGUCAUUCAUGGCUAUGGACAGUCUUCAAAGCAGCAGCUUGAUCAUUGUACAUUGGAGAACGAAUUGCUCUCGGUAUCACCAGAUGGCAGAAAUGGACCAGAUGCCAACAUGACUAAAUCAUCUGAAGGUGCCAUUGGUCCUAGACGAAGGGUAAUUGGCCCUGAAAUGCCAUCUGCUGAACUACUUGCAGCUGCAGCCAAAUUAACUGAAGCAGAAGCUGAGUUGAGAGAGGCUGAGUUAGUGGACGAUUCUGAAUUGUUUAUAGGGCCUCCUCCCCCCGCUUUUGUUUCUGAAGUUGAAUCAUCAAAUGAAGCAGAACGAUUUGAAGAGAUUACAAGAAUUAUGGGAGCUGAGGUGGAUAGUCCAUAUGAUAUUCUGGGAGUGAACAAGAAUAUGUCAGCCGAAAACAUGAAGAAAAGGUACUGGAAAUUGUCCCUCAUGGUACAUCCGGACAAAUGCUCUCAUCCACAGGCCCACCAAGCAUUUGUGAAGUUGAACAAGGCUUUUAAAGACUUGCAGGAUCCAGAUAAACGAAAAGCAUUGGAUGAGAAAAUAAAGCUCAAAGAGGAACAAGAGGAAUUCAAGGCGGAAUUGAAAGCAAUGAAAGAAGCUGCACACUGGAGACGUUUGCAAGGUAUAUCAAUGGAGGGUGAUGAUAUACUUUUAGCUGACAUGGAGGCUAAGGUGGAACCUAAAAGAGAUGAAUGGAUGACAACACUACCUCCUGAAAGAAAAGUAAGGACCUUUUUCUUCCCUCUUUAUAUUAUUAGCAUCAUUCCGGUUGAAUAUGUUCUCACUUUGAAUUUAUGA